AUGGCCUCAUUGAGAGAUGCUGGGCAUGUCUUCCUAGUUCUGGAAUUUUGUGCACGGGGAGACUUGGCUUCAUACAUUCGGAGAAAUGGAAGAGUUGAAGAAGAGAUUGCUAGAAAAUUUAUGCAGCAACUCGGGUCGGGUUUGAAUGUACUACAUGCUCUUCAUGUCAUCCAUAGGGACUUAAAACAGGAGAAUAUUCUCCUCUCCGCACUUGAUAGUGAUGCAGUGCUAAAGAUUGCUGAUUUUGGUCUCUCAAGGGUGCUUGUCCCUGGCAAUCAUGUGGAGACUGUUUGUGGGUCACCUCCUUACAUGGCUCCUGAAGUUAUGCUGUUUCAAAAAUAUGAUGAAAAGGUCGACAUGUGGAGCAUUGGAGUCAUUCUCUUUGAGCUUCUAAAUGGAUAUCCCCCUUUGAGUGGGAGAAACAAUGUUCAGCUGCUUCAGAAAAUAAGGGAGAGUAAAAGCCUACCAUUUUCACACAUUAUCCUUCCUGGUCUACAUCCAGACUCUGUAGAUAUCUGUACAAGAUUACUAUGUUCAAAUCCAGAAAAUCGCCUGUCCUUUGAGGAGUUCUAUCACCACAAAUUCUUGAGAAGAUGA